CACCAUCCAAGCAGCGUCCGCAGGACUUGGCACCCAUGCGAUCCAAAGGCAGAGCCAGAAAGCUGGCCACAAGUGAAUGUUUCUAUCAGAGUUUCCCUGAAAUUCCAGUAGAAGAAACUCCUGAAAAUGAGGGAGAGCCAAGCACUUUGUCACUCAGUGUCUGUGAACGGUCUUCUCCAGCAACAUCAAGUGAAGCCUUCACACCAAAGGAGGGAUCUCCUUAUAAAGCUCCAAUAUAUAUUCCUGAUGAUAUCCCAAUUCCAUCAGAGUUUGAGCUUCGAGAGUCAAAUAUACCUGGAGCCGGAUUAGGGAUAUGGACAAAACAGAAGAUUGAAGUAGGUGAAAGAUUUGGACCAUAUGUAGGAGAACAUCACCAAAGUCUUAAAGACACCAAUAAUGGAUGGGAGGUAGGAAAAUAUCUGUCAUUAUAG